AUGUCCGCUCAAGCCGGAUCCGUCAAUUCCAGUGCUAACUCCAACCUGUCGGUAGUGGGUUUACACUACAAAAUAGGCAAGAAGAUUGGUGAAGGAUCUUUUGGUGUGAUUUUUGAAGGCACAAACAUCAUAAACGGAGUGGCUGUUGCCAUCAAGUUCGAACCCAGAAAGACCGAUGCCCCUCAAUUAAGAGACGAAUAUCGUACCUACAAGCAUUUACAAGGCAGUGAAGGAAUACCAAGUGCUUAUUAUUUUGGCCAGGAAGGUUUACACAAUAUCUUGGUUAUAGACUUGUUGGGUCCGUCUUUAGAAGACUUGUUUGACUGGUGUGGCCGAAGAUUUUCCGUCAAAACCGUGGUUCAAGUGGCCAUUCAAAUGUUGAACUUGAUUGAAGAAGUCCACAGACACGACUUGAUCUACAGAGAUAUUAAACCGGAUAACUUUUUGAUUGGAAGACAAGGCUUGCCCGAAGAGAACAAGGUUCAUUUGGUCGAUUUUGGUAUGGCUAAACAGUACCGUGACCCAAGAACCAAAAACCAUAUCCCAUACAGAGAAAAGAAAUCUUUGAGUGGUACAGCCAGAUAUAUGUCCAUCAACACCCAUUUGGGAAGAGAACAACUGAGAAGAGAUGAUUUGGAAGCUUUAGGACAUGUGUUUUUCUACUUUUUGAGAGGUCAAUUACCAUGGCAAGGGUUGAAAGCCCCCACCAACAAGGAAAAGUAUGAGAAGAUUGGUGGUAAAAAGAGAGCCACUCCUGCCAUUGUGUUGUGUGAAGGCUUGCCAAGACAGUUUGCUGAAUAUUUGGAUUCCGUUAGGUCUUUACCCUUUGAUGCUGAACCUAACUACGAAGAAUACAGAAUGUUAUUGUUGAGUGUAUUGGACGACUUAGGACAAAAUGCCGAUGAUGACUAUGACUGGAUGCACCUCAACGGUGGAAAAGGAUACGACAUUAGCAUCAACAAGAAGCCCAACUUACACGGCUACGGCCACCCUAAUCCUCCCAACGAAAGAGAAAGAAGACACAGAGAUCAAAGAAGAAGACCUCAUCACAGUCACCAGCAAAUCCAGCAGGCUCUGGCUCAAGCUCAGGCCCUGGCUCAACCUCAACAACAAGAUUUGACGGCUGCUCAAUUGCAUCAACAAAAAUUACAACACUUAGUGAACAGACCUUUGCCUCCUAUCAAGCAGGAAUCCCAGCAAAAGGAUAUGUUGUCCAACAGCAACAACUACGAAAACUCGCCAAUACAGAGAAACCAAUAUGACCAACAGAAGGCCGAAAAGAGUCAAUCAUACUGGUCAAAAAUGUGUUGUCAAUAGGACAGGAGACCAGUUGUUUAGGUCGAAGCAAAAGUUUCAUAUAUAUACGUCACAUUUUCAUCCCUUUAUUUUAAUUUGACCUUAUGUUUGUUUAGAUAAUAUACUAAUGAGAAUUUCAUUUAUAUUUACAUCUGUUAUUAUACUCGUCCCA